CAAAAAUGUUGAGCUAGCUAGCUUACUGUUAGUAAGUUAGCGUAGCCAAAGAGUAUCUCAGGCUACUCGCUUAGCUACCUGGGCGAAGUGAACUUUUUUAUCUGAAAACUGUUGCAGUAUCUUUCUUUUAAAGUAUGAAGUGCACCAAAGCUCGCUAACAAGCAUGGGAAGCAUACACAACUGUAUGCGUCGCAGAAUAGUGACGUACUGCAGGAAUAGUGAUGCUUGUGUGACGGACAGCAGGGACCAUCAGUGGCUAGGACAGCUCGCCUGUCUUCAUUUAGUUUCAGUGCUGUAUCUCGAAAUUAGUUCGUCUCAGAUGUCCGUCACUAAAUAUAUACUAGCAAAGCCUGUGUGCUUCUGGCUCGUGAGCCCACGGUGGGCAAUGUGGAGCACACAGCUGAGGCAUGCAAAUGAUAGUCCUGCAGCUGCUGCAGGGUUCCAUGUCCUUUUCACUCUCUGCUUCGCUCUCAAAAACCCUGGCCCCAAGCGGGAUGGCUUGGUCCAGGCUGUGGCCGAGGCCAUGGGCUACCUCCUGGAGAACACCUGUGUACGGAGCUGGGAGACGCUGAGGGAUCUCCUUUCUGAGCUUCUGCCUUUGCUCCCCCAUGGACCCAAGGAAGCCAGCACCCGCCUCAGAAGUGCUGAAAGCUGCAGUACUGUGGUACAUGGAUGCUCUGCUGCAUGCAGCCUACCGUGACGUGGUCUUCAAGUUGUUUGAGCCCGCCAUGCUGCCUGGCCUUGUGGCCGCUAUCUCUCUGCUGCUUGCCCUGGGAGAGCAGGAGAAGUCCCUCGUUGCACUGAAAUGCCUGCAGGCCCUGACCCUCCAGUGUGACUGUUCUCUGGACCAUGUGUCAGUGGUCAUCCCACCUCCGGUGGAUUUUGAAGAAGACAUUGAUGGUCCUGAUGUGAAAGCUGAACUCCCAGCCCACAUCGCCAAAGAAGCCAUGGAACGCUGCAUUCACCUGCCCACCGACCACCGACUCAGCCUCAACAUACAGUUGUCGUGGAUGUGCUGGAGCUGUGUGUCUGUGCUGAUUGAGAAGGAGAAUGAGCUGCUCCCCAUAGCUCACUGCUGCUGGCCUGACCUCCUGCUCCGACUCACUGCUGAUGAUCCGUUAGUUGCCCUCCAAGCCUUAAGGAGCUCCUAAGUGAAAAAGACAUCGCUGCUGCCUUAGUCAAGGGAAAUGGAGACGCACACAAGGCAGAGACACCAUGAUACCCACUGGUUUUCAACAGUAGAUCGGUUUGGAUACACUUCAACUAGCUGAGUCGAUACAUGGUCUUCCUUGGUGCUUGAAGAUGCUGCCUAUUUCCUCAUCAGCCCCAGAGGAAUACAGCUGGGUAGGCUGAAGUUGAGACAUCGAGAGACAGGCUGCAGAAGCAGUACAAGAACACACUGUGUUGUAUUUCCAGGGGACUCAGACCUGGAUGCUGAAACGGAAGCCUGCCUGCCUGCCCUACCUCGGCUGCAGACAGCCACCCAAACUACAAGAGGCAUGUCUCAGCCUGUGGAGCUGAGUGGGAUGGGCCUUAAGAAGACCGAGUACACAGACAACAUCCUGAAACUCUUGGGAGGAUUUUGGGUUACCUCUGGACACACAGCCAGCAGCAAUAGAGAUCCAGUGAUCUGCACCAAUAAACAGUUCCCCAGUCAUCCACCCGACUGUCCCCAGGCGGAGGAAGGAACACUACACUGACGACAGCCACAGGACAGCACAGCGUGUCCUAGUCUUCCCCAACCUCUUUUCAGGGACUGUAUCUUGCAGACAUCAUCCUAUAGUUUAACAGUGACUUUGAAACACAAAUGUUAAGUGCUGAUUCUGUGCAAGUGUUGUGUUGGGUAAAGGUGUCCAUAUUCCAAUGUGCUCAAGGGAUGGACUAAAUGCCAGUAUUUUGAAUGUUAAAGUAGUAAUUAAGUCUUUAUUAUAAUAGAUUUUUUUUAAAUGCCUGACCUUCAUUGUAACUGCUUAGCCUUUUAUACAAGUAGAUAUAGCAAUCAAUGUCAUAUUUGACCUUUUCCACCAUAAGUAGAAUGACAGAGCUUUCAUUUUUCCUUCCAUUCCAGCUUCAAAUUCACAUCUUGGUUCCAUUCCUCUAAUAACCAGACGUCAUGGUCUGCUAAAUGACUUAAAUGUAAAUGGUCAUUCCACACAAACCUCCCAUUGAUUCACACAGAAUAGAUCUGCUACUUGCUGCACAAAUGCCUGAUUGAAAGUUGUAGCAUGAUUUUGAAUACAACUUGAACUCCCCUGAGGGUUCAAGUGUAGGUUACAGCCCGGGCUUGUUUGUCAAGUCUUGUUUAGACUGAGGGGUCUGGAAGAAUCUCUCUGACAUCAUAAUGAAUGUGCGUGCCGGGGAAAUGGGAACAGGGUUGCCACGUGUUUUGCGUUGGCGAGGGAGCGCUUUAUCUCCUCCGUACUUUGCUAUUUAUCCAGCUGACAAUAGCGUCAUUACUCAUCAACCAUGGAGGGCCUGUCUGGCAGCUCAUAAAAACACAGCCAGGGAUAGGAUAAUGCGCUAUCCCCCAAAACCAGGCUUUUUAUUCUGUUAAUCAUCAAAUCAUCUGACACAAGCAUGGCUUGACUGAUUUGGCAGGCACUGCUUGGCACACCAAUGGAUAGAUAAUACAGAUCUGAGAAAAUGACAUACUGUAAGACCGAAUGUGUUCAUUGCUGCUCAGGAUACAUGGGCGUGAGGAAGGAGACUGGCGAGAGAAUGUGCGACUGCCUUAUGAGGUAACUGUGAUGGAGUAUUCUGAAUUUUAAUAAUUAUGUCUUUACAAUGGCAGCAUACAAAUCAGUGUGUGUUCACUUAUGAUAGCAAAGUCAGACGUCGACUUUUCAGGAAUGUAAUACAAACAUUUCCGAUCUAUCAUCAACGUCUCAAGGGCUUACAUGUUACAGGUACUGAAUUAUUAAAUAUUCUGAAGGCUGAUCACAUUCAAGUCACAAUAGAUAGGUUCAUGUACACUUUAUUUAAUUUGAUGAAGGCAUAAAUUUAGUGCGAGACCAACAUCCUAGAAGACAUUCUAAAAUGUACAACAUUUUUACAAUGAUUUCUUACAAAACAUCAAAGCAAAGGUUAGAGCAAGAAACAAUUCCAUGAUCCUUCAGGUCUUUCUCACAGCCACAUUAUCUGUUGGGAAAGCACAAAACACAAUGAACAGGUUUUACUUUAUAAACAUUGGUUUCCAUCCAGCUCUGGUUGGAUGGAAAUCUGGACUUAUCUGAACUCUGGAUUUACCAUGGAGAAACAGUGAAUGAACUGCUCAGAAAACAAAUCCAAAUGAAUAGAGCAACAAGUAACCCUUCCAGCUUAUACGUCCUCUUAGAUGAUUGAAAAAGUUAGUAAGAAAACAUGUUAAACAUGCACUCUUUAUCAUUAUAUACAGUAACAUGUACAGUGUAGACAAUCUAGAGCAGGGAUGGGCAACUGGCAGAUCAAACCCAAAACAAUGUAUUGAAAUAAAUAGGAACUAAUUUGGGGGAAUUGACUGUUGAGAGUUAGGUUGUGCAUCAGCCAUCUUUAUCUUAUGUCAGUCACUGAAACUCACUCAAUUAGCUACACAUUUUUAGAUUAGUAAAUGAGUCUAGCCAGCAAUCUAAACAUAGUAAUCAUGGCCCCCCCCCCCAUCAAUUAUUUUUUUUGUCACUCUCACUCAGAUAUAUUAACAUGGCAUAAGUCAGAACACAAUGUGUAGAAUUGCAGGAAAUUAGCUUAAACACGGCUAAUAUGUCUCCACCCCAUGGCUAAAUGAGUAAAAUUGCAGGAAAGUAACUCUAAAACAAACCAAAAAUUCUCUCCAUUGUUAAAAGUGGGGGAUGCUCAAAUGUUUUGCUCGCAGGGUGGGGGGCCCCCCAACAAAAUGUAGCUUAGGGUGAAAAACACGGGCCGGCUCUGGCUGCAUGUGUGGGUAUGGAAGUGGGUGCGCACACUGUGGCCACUCAGGAUCAGUUCAGAUUUUUUGUGGCCCCCAUCCCCAUCAAAGUUGCCCACCCCUGAUCUAGAGGGUUGUGGUAAGGAGAAGGGGUGGGAGAGAGUUUGGCCUGGGAGAGGACUUGGGAUGUUUUUGAUGUGACAGUGUGAGGGCAGAGGUCAGAUAUAGGACUGAGGUGGCACUGAGAUAUAGUCCCUUUGGUGUCUGGAGCAGUGGUAGGGGUGGGUGAGCAAUCAGCUGGGAUGAAUCAGAGGUCUGGGUACAUUGCGCUGCGGCCCUCCGGGACUGGAACUACCCACCCGGGGUGUGGGGCUGAGGCCAGACCAAACAGGCAGAGGAGGCUAUGGGUGAGCUGUGAGGUGUAGAGGACAGCUGUCAGUACAGUCAGUAGCGCUGCCAGUCUCCGCAGACCUCUUCCUCAGCUCCUUGCCAGUGCUUGUUGGUUUGUGGUGGCUGUGGUGGGCUGCUGGCGAGUGCUUGCCAUGCUCCGGCUGGUGCCUGCUGCUCGCCAGUCCCUUGGUGUCCUGGGGUUGGAAGUCUUCUCCAUGGUGGCGCAGCUUCGGGUUCUGGUUUCUCUCUGACUCCACCUGCAGGUAGGCCCUCACCUUGUGGUGGCGGGCGUUGCUGUCGGUGUCGCUGAAGUCGAUCACGCGGCACUCGUAUGUGCCCUCGUCAGACGGCUUCACGCUGGACAGACAAAGCUUGUGGGAGAUGUUGCUCCCGGCAACCUUCACCACCUGCAAAACAGACCAACAAAAUGAUAUUUCAUUGGUCGACAUCCAAGAGUUAAAUUAUACAUUUUAGUCCAUGACUGUAUACCCUAUCUAUUACAAACAAAAACUAGAAAUCCUCACAUCAUGAUAACUCAACCCUAAUUUGUCCUCCAGCUGAAUUUCUCAUUCAGAUCUGAAAAUACUGUCUGUAUCUGUUAUUCAAUUUACUCCAAAAAACAAUAAACUUCCUUGUGCAUC